CCUCGGUCAGUAAUCGGGACUUAAUAAAAUACACUGUUUCUGGCCUUGGAAGAGAUUAUGAAUCCCUAGUGACUGCCAUAACAUAUUUUCCGGGCAUCGCCGCCAUUGACUCUCUGCGGCCCAUACUUCUAGCACAGGAACAGAGAAAUGCUUUCCUUCGGUCAGAAGAGGUGCAGCCGCCUCAUCAAGCCUUUGUUGCUCCUGAUGCAGCGGGACCACAUCUGGGUCGAGUUGCUCCAGCCCGUGGAGGUGGCGGCCAGAGGGGACAUGCAGGUGGCGGCCGUGGAUACCGGGGCGGCCGAGCUCGGGGACAUCGUGGACGUGGCCGUGGAUAUGGCUAUCCUCACUACGGACAGCAAGCAGCACCACAUGGACAAAAUUUCCAUGCACAUGGACCGCGGGGUAAUCUGCCAGUAGGGGCUCCAGGUAUGGCUAUGAGUAAUUCUUGUUCUAGUUAUUUUAAUUUGUAUCAUUUACCAUCUAGUGUUACUCACAAAGUCAGUACACUUUUCCCCAAUGUAGACCAAAAUUUUCAGGCCCACCACCUCCAGUAGUGUGUCAAAUAUGCUUUUCUCCAGGACAUUCAGCCCUUGCUUGUCCCCGUUUCACGGGUCAGACUACCCCUGCUUUAGCUGCUUUACCAAUUGACACAUCAAAUGUCUCUGUGUGGUACCCGGAUUCUGGCGCAUCCGCCCAUAUGACACCUAACGAAGGACAAUCACACGGGGGAACCGCUUCUUCAAGCUACCAAUAAAGAGCACGUUUAUCCAUUUACUGCCUUUUAAGCCCGCAUUGUUUCUGGUCCUGUCUGGCACAAAAGAUUGGGACAUUGUGGUGAUCGAGUUUUAAAUAAGCUUCGGCAACAGCUUUUUAUUUCUAGUUCUAGUAAUUUUGUUCAUGACUGUGUUUCUUGCAAAUUGGGAAAAUCCCACAGACUACCUUUUAAGAUGUUACUCAUUCUGUUAAUGCACCUUUACAACUUAUUCAUUCUGAUGUUUGACAA